UGCACUUGGACAAUGACACGAAACUUCCUAUUGUGGGUGCUCAUCCUAAAUGCCUCUCUCAAGCCCUCAGAAAGCCACGGUCCUGAAUUUGAAGAGGGGGAGCACUAUGAGGUGGUUCGACCUGUCAGACUUCACACAGUCAGAAAAAGACACACAGAGUACCGCAGACCAGAGACUCUUACGUAUGCAAUGACUGUGAGCGGACAAGACAUAGAAAUGCAACUGGAAAAAAAUAAUGAAUUACUCACCAAAGACUACUCUGAGACUUACUACCAAGAAGACGGGACUCGAGUCACCACAGUACCAAAGGACAUUGAUCACUGCUACUAUCACGGGAGGAUUGUGAACGACAGUGAAUCGUCUGUGAGCAUCAGCACCUGUGAUGGACUGAGGGGUUACUUCAGAACAUCUGCCCAGAGGUACCUGAUUGAGCCGCUGUCCAGUGACGAUGAGGGGGAUCAUGCAGUGACAACUUUUAAUCCAAAGAAUUUCACACCUGCUGUGUGUGGGGUCACUAACACCAGCUGGAGUGACGACUUUGAACCUCAACUCAGCCGCAGCCGCUCCAGAUCAGCGGGUAUUUCUAUUGUCCAGCAGCAGAAAUACAUCGAGCUCUUCCUUGUUGCUGAUAACCGUGAGUAUGUGAAGAUGAACAGGAACCAAACGAAGCUGAGAGAGAGAAUAUUUGAGAUAGUCAACUUUGUCAAUGUGGUCUACAAACCUCUGAGGACCUUUAUUGCUCUGGUCGGGCUGGAGAUAUGGUCCAAUAAUGACUUGAUCACUGUGACCCCCCCAGCAGGGGCAAACCUGGAAGCUUUCAGGUCGUGGAGGAACUCUGAGCUGGUGAAGAGGACAAAACAUGACAACGCACACCUUAUCAGUGGUAUCGACUUUGAAGGAGCAACUGUGGGUCUUGCUUACAUUGGGACUCUGUGCUCUGGUCACUCUGUCGGGGUAGUACAGGAUCACACUGACCGAGCCAUUGCAGUGGGAGCAACGCUGGCUCAUGAGAUGGGCCAUAACCUGGGCAUGAACCACGAUGACUCCAGUAGCUGUUUUUGCUCUGGAGAAAGCUGCAUCAUGGAAGCAGGUCUCAGCUGGAAAACUCCUCAAACGUUCAGCAGCUGCAGCACCAACAACUAUGAAAACUACCAAACAACCCGCACCCCCACCUGUCUGCUGGACAAACCAAACUACAAGAACAUCGUGGCUCCUGCAGUCUGUGGAAACGGCUUCAGAGAGGAAGGAGAGCAGUGUGACUGCGGCUCUGUGCAGGAGUGCACCAAUCUCUGCUGCAAUGCCACCACCUGCACCCUGAAGGAGGGCUCACAGUGUGCUGAAGGCGAGUGCUGUGAGAACUGUAAGAUCUCACCUACCACCAGAGAGUGCCGCAGGAUGCAGGAUGACUGUGAUCUGGCAGAGUACUGUGACGGGAAGAGUCCCGCCUGUCCAGAGGAUGUGUUUGCUGUGAACGGGCUCCCGUGUGAUGGAGGCCUGGGGUACUGCUACAAUGGCCAGUGUCCACAGAGACCUAAGCAGUGCGUCAAGAUGUAUGGAUCAGGUGCUACAGAGGCCGUUCAAUCCUGCUAUAACCACAACACCAAAGGAGUCUACUAUGGCUUCUGCAGAUGUCCCUCAAAGGACCAGUACAUCCCCUGCCAGCAAGAAGAUGUUCUUUGUGGAAAACUCUUCUGCAGCAGCAGUAACGACGACCCAAACUACGGCCGGAUGGUCAAGGUCGGCAAAUGCUUGGCAACUUUUUUCUCUGACUACACCAAAGACUACAGUCUGGUGGAAACAGGGACUAAAUGCGGAGAUGAAAAGGUGUGCAGCCAGAGUCAGUGUGUAGAUCUGCAGACAGCUUACAGAAACACAAACUGCUCAGCAAAAUGCCCAGGCCAUGCUGUGUGUAACCACAAAAGCGAGUGUCAGUGUGAGCCUGGAUGGAAGCUUCCUUACUGCAACACAAUGGAUGAAGCUUUUAGUGAUACAGGGAAAACUGUAGCCAUCGCAAUUGCAGUUACACUGUUGAUUCUAGGCAUCAUAGCUGCCAUCGCAGGAAUCAUGUGGAAAAAGCGGCAAAGUCCCACGCUGCCAACUGCAGCAACACAGAGGAAGCAGAGGGCUGUGGAAAACCCUGCUUACCACCUCAACAAGCAGCCUGCACCCAGUUACCAUGGGCCAAUCCGACAGGCUGACAGACUGAAACCUGAAGGACCUCCACCUCAACCACCCCCAACAGGGAACAAACCCAAACCAGGCAUUCAGAUCUACAGAGCUGCACCACCCCCACCAGCCAUUCAGGACUACAGAGCUGCACCACCCCCACCAGCCAUUCAGGACUACAGAGCUGCACCACCCCCACCAGGGAGCAAACCAAAACCACCCAUUGUAAACUACACAGCUGCACGGCAGGCUCUGAGGCCAGUACCUCCACCAAAGGUUUGAUGUCUGACAAAUGCCGACUCUUAGCAGCUCUUACUGUCCUCAGUAAGAAGCUGCUGUCACCACUUUUCUCUGCACUUUGUUUUACUGGAGGUUUUCCUAACAGUGACUCAUGGACUGCAAGAGGAGUAAACUGGACUCUGAUUGUUACUGGACUGCCAUCCACUGAGGUCUGCAUCACUUUUUGGCACUUUUUCAGACUACAGGGUUAGAAGUACAAACAGCUCUGCCCCUGAAUGUGACUCACAAUUUAUUUUGACAAUGUUGUGAAAGUUUAUAUUUUUAUCUUCAUAUACAUAAUUAACUCCUUUGUUUACAAAAUCAGUUUUCUACUUGAGUAAAGAAUGGCCAGCAGCACAAUGAGAUAUUUAUUUAUGCCAAGUGUGCGUUUUUAAAUGCAGGACCACUAAGUUUGCAUGCAGGUAUCAUAAACAAGUUGUAAGACACAUAUCAAUUAGCCACAGCAUUAAAACCAAUGACUGUGAUGUUUUUAAUGUGAAUGUUUUAUCUUAAUUCUUUUAUUCAAACAUAUUUUUUUACAUGAGUGUUUUUAUUGUCCUGCUGUUUACUAUGUCUCAUGCACUCAUUUUUUUAAAGUGUAUCAUGCUGUACAAAGAUUGAAUAAAAUUAAGUGACUGAGGUGAAGAAUAUUUUCUUGUUACACAAAGACACUGAAGGAACCUGCUACCAGCUUAUUCCUUCCAGGUUUCGGCGUGUUCAUUUACCGCACAGGAAUUACUCAACACAAUGGAAUAAGGAGUCAAUUAUUAAAUUUAAUUAGCCAAUCACACAGAUUUUACAGAUUGAUCUGGACCACACUGUGAACCAUGACUGAGCUAAUACAGAACCAGAAUCAGGGCUCAAAGUCUGAUACCUAUCUCCAGAUCUCAUACACUCAGAGCUUAUCAGCUUCUGUUUCAUCAUAUGCAAAGCAAGAAA